UACCAAUUGUGACAAUCGUAGUUGCGAGUAGGAACUGCGUACAAAUGAAUAAAUCGCGUAAUAAUAAUUAGAUAAAAGCAUAAAAUGCAGCUUAAAAGCGCAUUUAAAGUGGCACAAGAAAAAAUGUGAUGACAGCGUUAAUGAGAAUGCCAAUCGAAAUCGUGAAAAUGCACAUGGAAAAAACGUGUGGUCCGCAACUUUGCUGCGACUGCAGCAGCAGAAAAUAAAUUUCAUACAAACACGCACACCGCUUCAUAUGUAUACAUAAUAUAUACAUAUACAUAAUAUCAAAUAUUAACUUCUUGGAUUAAAAGGUGCAACGAACAUAGUCAGCCAACAAGCAUUUAACGCUAACAAUUGACUGAUUUAAAUGUAAAACACAAUUUUCCCAGAAAAUUUUGUAUGUGCCAAAAUAAAACAAAAAUUCUUCAACUAUCUAUCGCUAGUGUAUUUAGUUACGUAUACAUUUAGUGUUGUAAACAAGUUACAGCGAUAACGCAAUAACAAUGUCUAGGUACGAUUUUGUGCUUUAUCUAGUGGCGCAGCUAAUUCUUGCCUGCCAUAUGCUGUUGCCGCCGGCUAGUGGUGCCGUCCUGCCCGAGGGCCACAACAUUAACUGCGAACACUAUGACGAGAAGGAUUGCACCACGCACAACGAUUGCGCCAUCACCAUCGAGCGCUGCCAGGUGGAGGCUGACAAAUUUCCCAGCUGCUAUGUUUUGUGGAGCGCCGACGAUGUGACCGGCGCCAAGAAAAUCAAAAUGAAGGGCUGCUUCACGUACAUGCACGAGUGCAACCAGACCGCCUGCAAUACCAGCAGCAAGCCUCGGCAGGGCAACAUACAUUUCUGCUGCUGCAAGGGCUCGAUGUGCAACAACGAAUACAAUUGGAUCCCGCCCACCACGGAGGCAACAACACAAGUGCCCAAAGAGAAGACACAGGACAACAAAAAUAUGAAUUUCUAUAUUUUAUGGUCAUCGUUGUUUGCCUUCCUGAUGGUGUUGCCCGUGGUUAGUUUCUUCUCUUAUCGACGCCUUAAACGGGUGCACUUCAAUGAGAUACCCAAGCACGAGGCGGAAAUCACAAACUCGUCGCCGUUGCUGAACAACCGUCCCAUACAAUUGCUGGAGCAGAAGGCCAGCGGUCGGUUUGGCGAUGUGUGGCAGGCAAAGCUGCACGGCCAGGAUGUGGCCGUAAAAAUCUUUCGUAUGCAAGAGAAAGAUUCGUGGACCACUGAGAAUGAGAUUUAUAAGCUGCCACGCAUGCGUCAUCCGAACAUUUUAGAGUUUUUGGGCGUGGAGAAACACCUGGACAAGCCCGAGUAUUGGCUUAUAUCCACGUAUCAACACAAUGGCUCUCUGUGCGACUAUCUGAAGUCCCAUACGAUCACUUGGGUGGAAUUGUGUCGCAUUGCCGAAUCGAUGGCCAACGGGCUGGCGCAUUUGCACGAGGAGAUAUUGGGCAGCAAAACGGAUGGCUUGAAGCCAUCGAUAGCACAUCGCGACUUUAAAUCAAAGAAUGUUCUGCUUAAAGGUGAUCUGACAGCCUGCAUAGCUGACUUUGGGCUAGCUAUGAUCUUUCAGCCUGGCAAACCGUGCGGCGAUACACACGGCCAGGUGGGCACUCGCCGCUAUAUGGCUCCUGAGGUUCUCGAAGGUGCAAUCAAUUUCAAUCGUGAUGCCUUUUUGCGCAUCGAUGUCUAUGCUUGUGGAUUGGUAUUGUGGGAAAUGGUCUCACGUUGUGAUGUUGUGGGUCCCGUGGGCGAAUAUCAGCUGCCAUUUGAAGCGGAGCUUGGACAGCGGCCCACACUCGAUGAAGUGCAGGAAAGCGUCGUCAUGAAGAAAUUGCGUCCACAUUUGCUUAACAGCUGGCGUUCCCAUUUGGGUCUCAGUAUAUUCUGCGACACGAUGGAAGAGUGCUGGGAUCACGAUGCCGAGGCACGUCUCAGCUCCUCAUGUGUAAUGGAGCGGUUUGCGCAGCUCAACAAGUAUCCAACCACACAGCUGCUCAUCAAGAACCACACCAACAUUGAGGAUGCAAAAGAGACCACAAAUUGUUUAUAGAAGCGGUACUAAAUCACAGCCAGCGCCAUGGCGAAGCUGUGAUUCGAUAGCCCCGAACGUUCGGUCGUUCAUUUUAAUUUUUAUAUAUAUUCGACAUUUUAGUUUUACUGUAGUAUUGUGCAUAGGCAAUAUGUACACGGACAUACACACAGAAAAGAAGCGAUCAUCUGCAAUUCGGCAGCUGCCAUUUAUAUAUAGAUACACCCACAAGUCCCUUCGCCCGCCCGGCACCCUUUAGACAUUAGCUUAGUUUAAGCUAAGAACAGAACAAAGCGCUGAAAUAUGUGGGCUGCACUGGAGAGAUUAAGUGGAAUUUUGAAAAUGUAUCUAUAGCCUGGGCUAAGUUUAAAGAUGCGAAAUUCUCUACACUCACAUUGCAUGAUUAUGUUUGUAGCUUAUCUCACAUAAACUUCAUCGACUGAUACCUAUAAACACAUACGUAAAUUUAAUUGUUUUUCGUUUUUAGUUUGUUUAAUUAUUGCCCAGAAGUUUUUCAUUUUCCUGUAAGUCUGUAAGCUGUUGAAUUAUUUGCCAAGCCACUCCGGCUGCUGU